GAGUUUGUCUCGCGUUUUGAAUUUAGGUGGAGUUUGAGAGAUGGCAGUCAGCAUCAAUAGGAUUUACUGUUAAACGAUUACAUGCAAAAAAUGAAUUAUUUUAUAGUGUUACGUGUUUUGCGCUCAAAGCUUUACGGGAAUUGGGUAAUUUAGCCUGUUCGAAGCGCAUAUUCUGCUACUGUAAGUCGUUUAAGUAAAGUUGUCCUCGUUGAGUGUUUACCUUUGGAAGGUUUAGCUAGCCUGGAAGCUACCUGGCCGCUACCCGGUUACUGAGUACUUAACUCGGGGCCUGUCUGUGCGUUUUUAUUUCCUUACUGGCGUCGUUGCAUUCCUCUUGAUUGAGCAGCCGCCUUCCUCAUCGCACCAUGGCCGACAGCAGUACGAUCACUUUGGGCCCUGCGCGGAGUCUCCUGGUCGACUCGUCGGUGUACGACUCGAGAAUGGCCGAGACGUCCAAGGACCAGCCGUUUCUGGGCUUAACUCCGGAGGACGCAGCAGACAUACUGCCUCCAGUUGAAACCAGAGUGGUGCUGGUGGGAGACGCCGGCAACAACGAGCAACUUGUGAAGGCAUUGGAGGCCAUCAAAAUAAUGGAGGUCCCGGUGGUAAAGAUUAAAGGAGGAGAACCCGGCUCUGAGGGCGAAAAGUUGAUAAAAUCGAUAGUCAAUAUGGACAUCCACACGCCCUGCAUAAAGACCAGCGAGGUGGCGGAGUUCGGCGACGGGGAGAACGCGGAGUUCGAGACGGUGUUCGUCCUGACAGACUUCACGUCUCCGGACUACAGCUACCUGUACAAGAAGGACAACCGCAUCAUCGGGCCCCCUGUGGUGCUGCACUGCGCUGCCAGGGAGGAGCCCCUGCCGUUCUCCUCCAGGCCGCUGUACUGCACGGCCAUGCUGAACCUGUCCCUCUGCUUCACCGGCUUCCGCAGGAAGGAGGAAGUUGUAAACCUGGUCAGUCUGGUUCAUCACAUGGGCGGAGCCAUCCGCAAGGACUUCAGCGCUAAAGUCACCCACCUGAUCGCACACUCCACGCACGGGGAGAAGUACCGGCUGGCGGUUUGCAUGGGCACCCCCAUCCUCACCCCGCAGUGGAUCCACCAGGCCUGGGAGCACCGGGACCAGGCGAAUUUUGCGGCGGGAGACGAGGAGUUCCGCUCGCAGUUCAAAGUGCCCCCGUUCCAGGACUGCGUGCUCAGCUUCCUGGGGUUCUCCCCAGAGGACAAGGCCAACAUGGAGGAGCGCACACUCAAGCACGGUGGCCGGUACCUGGAGGUGGGGGAUGAGGAGUGCACUCACAUGGUGGUGGAGGAGAACUCCAUUAAAGAGCUCCCCUUCGUCCCGUCCAAGCGCCUCUACGUCGUCAAGCAGGAGUGGUUCUGGGGCAGUAUUCAGAUGGAUGCAAGGGCUGGGGAGUCCAUGUAUUUCUAUGAGAAGCCCGAGAGCCCUGUGAUGAAGAAGGCGGUGUCGCUGCUGUCGCUGACCACGCCCACCAGCAACCGCAAGCGGCGGCGGCUGCGCGACACGCUGGCCCAGCUGAGCCGCGAGGCCGAGAUCUCGCCCUUCCCGCCGCGGAAGCGCCAGUCCGCCGAGCACUCGCUCUCCAUGGGCUCCCUGCUGGACAUCUCCAACACCCCGGAGACCAGCAAGGCUUUGGGAGAGAAUUCCAAGCCCUCGAAGAGCUCCACCCCCGCGCCCCAGAAGCAGUCGGCGCGCUGGCAGGUCUCCAAGGAGCUGUACCAGACGGAGAGCAACUACGUGGGCAUCCUGGCCACGGUGCUGCAGCUCUUCAAACUCCCCCUGGACACGGAGGGGCAGGUCGGGGGCCCCAUUCUGCCCCCGGAGGAGGUGAAGACCAUCUUCGGCAGCAUCCCCGAGAUCUACGAGGUUCACACCAGGAUAAAGGCUGAUCUGGAGGAGCUGGUGAUGGACUGGUCUGAGGAUAAAAGUGUCGGAGACAUCAUUCUGAAAUAUUCGAAGGAUUUGAUCAAAGCUUAUCCGCCGUUUGUUAACUUCUUUGAGAUGAGCAAGGAGACCAUCGUUCGCUGCGAGAAGCAGAAGCCGCGGUUCCACGCCUUCCUGAAGAUUAACCAGGCCAAGCCGGAGUGUGGGCGCCAGACGCUGGUCGAGCUGCUGAUCCGUCCCGUACAGAGGCUUCCGAGCGUCGCUCUCCUGCUCAACGACAUUAAGAAGCACACGGCGGACGACAACCCGGACAAAGCCAUGCUGGAGCGGGCCAUCGAGUCUCUGAAGGAGGUCAUGAUGCACAUAAACGAGGACAAGCGGAAGACGGAGGGGCAGAAGCAGAUCUUUGACGUGGUGUACGAGGUGGACGGCUGCCCGGCCAAUCUGCUGUCCUCACACCGCAGCCUGGUCCACCGCGUGGAGACCAUCGCCCUGGGAGACAAGCCAUGUGACCGCGGCGAGCACGUCACCCUCUUCCUCUUCAACGAUUGCCUGGAGAUCGCCAGGAAGAGGCACAAGGUGAUGAGCACCUUUAAGAGCCCCCAGGCUCAGGCUCGCCCCCCCGCCCAGCUCAAACACAUCACCCUCAUGCCCCUGUCCCAGAUCAGGAGGGUGCUGGACCUGCGGGACACUGAAGACUGCAGGAACGCCUUCGCGCUGGUGGUGCACCCCCCCACCGAGCAGGAGAACCUGCUCUUCAGCUUCCAGCUGGUGGCCGAGGACGCCGGCAAGGCCGCCUGGCUGAAGACGCUGUGCCGGCACGUGGCCGACACCAUCUGCAAGGCCGACGCGGAGGAACUGAUUCAGUGCACUGAUCCCGAGUCCGUCCACGUCAGCACCAAGGACAUGGAGAGCACGCUCAGCCGAGCGUCCCGCGUCAUCAAAAAGACCUCCAAAAAGGUCACGCGGGCGUUCUCCUUCACUAAGACGCCCAAGCGGGUGAUCCAGAGGGCCUUCAUGGCCAGCAGCACCCCCGACGACAAGAGCCCCGGCCCCGGGUCCGAGAGCCGCGCCCGCCUGGGCAGCUCCGCCACGCUGUCGAUGCCUCGCUCCACCUCUACGUUCAGCAUCAAUAACUCCGGCAAGAGCGCGGUCGUGCAGCGGUCCAACUCCUUCGACCCCGCCCCCCGCCCGCGGGUGCCCGUCUGCAUCCGCGCCCCCAGCAGCCCCGACAGAGCCCCCUGUAGCUCCGCCCAGGCCGCUGCUCCAGCCCCGCCCACUGUCACCCUAGCCCCUCCUCCCAGGGCCUGCCAGGAUCCCGUCCCGUCUGCAGAGCUCCGAAAGGCCCCCCGCAGGGAGACCCUCCUGUAGCCUCUGCGUCCAUGCUGUCCAUUCUCCAUCCAUGGUCAACCUGCCGUCCAUGUUCGAGAGGAAGUACCACACGUUCAGCAGGUCAACCACUCAUCUCAUAUGACGGACCAACAACGAACCGGUCGAAGCUAAGCACCCUUCAUCCCUGGCUGGGAGUAUCGCUAUCGCUAACCUGUGCAAUGGUACUGAUCGCAAUCCUGUCCUGUAAGUCUUCAAUUAGCAAAAAUUUGGGCUGAUGUUGUCGAAUUUGAAAAAUGAAGGAUACCGUGUUUUUAUAUAUAUAUAUAUAUAUGUCAUAUAUAUUUGUUCUGUCUCUUUCUUUCUUGCACAGUACAUUCACUGACACUUAGAAGUGCUGUUUCCUUGUCAUUUUUUUCUCCAUCAAAGGACAGAUUUAUUUUCACUAAAUAAUUAACAGUUAGAAGUAUAUCUAUAUAUUUUAUGGAAACAAGCCAGCCUUUUCUUUAACAUAGCGCACAGAAUGCCCAGCUUUUAUAAAGCUCAUGAAUAUUAACUUUUAAAACCGCAGAUCAGGAGGAGUUAGAAAGGUAGGAGUCGGUUACAGUUUUAAGCAGUUGAUUAGUUUUAUAGUUGGGGGGCGGGGGCGGGGGGGGGGGGGGCAUAUAUUAAUGUUCCAGUGUCUCCGUUGUCAACAGUAUUUAUAUGUAAAUAUGUUUUCUUUUUUCCCCUGAAGUGUCAUACUUUGACUACCAUUGUCAAUCAUUUUUUAAGUUUAGUUUUGUCUUUAAACACAUGCUCUGAAUCAAAGGCACUUAUGCAUCUUUUAUGUAUGAUUAUACUGUUUUUAAAUAAAUGUCAUAGUUUUUGUAUUGUAGUCAGCCAUUUGCAGCUUGUCUUUGCAAACAAGAUGGAAAAAUAAGCACUACGUAUGUUGAAUUAUUCUGUUUGACUGAUUCUAAACAUUUGUUGAAACUGACAAUUUACUCUUCAAUAAAAGGGAAAAAAGCA